ACCAAGAUGAAAAACCCCACCACUGACCGCAGGAAGGAUUUACGUGCCCAUUAAAACGUUCUCUUCAUGCAUCAGCCAGCUUUUUCUGCGCUCACGCAGCUGACUGCCGUCGUUCCCAGAUACAGCCACACAGACAGGGAGACGACGACGUGGAGCGAGUGAGGGAGUCGGUAGUAAAUUCAAACAGAUGAGUCACUUGUGAGUGACGGACGACCUAACGAUGUCUGGAAUGGAGUCGUCCGGCAGACCAUGAAGCGAAGUGGACCAUUUGUGUUUCCGAUGACGAAGUAAUUCACAGAAAGUGGGACCUGAGAGGCGGCGACCUAAUUCAGGAUAAAUGACGUCGGUCUGACAAGUCGCCCGCCUCCUUACUAAGUGAUGGAACAUCAUCGGAAACGGAUUGUUUUGAUUGAGGCUGGAGUGUGUGAGGUUACAUGAUAUUACUGAGAGUGUGAGCUUUGAUACCGCACGCAGUUAUGUUGAGGCGCGGACUGCUAACCUGGGUGUCCCGUGUGGGGGGCCUGCUGGUGCUCCUCUGCUGCUCCCUCUCACUCCUCUACUUGAUGACCUGCAGCCCUCCACAUUCCAACAACCCUCCGCUGAGUCACGUUUUACCCCAUGCAGGGUCCAACCACCCCAGCCUCGGAGGUACAGGGCCCGUGGUCGGAGCAGGGCCCGGCGGGACAAGGGGAGCAGGGGAUGCUGCCCAAAGCCGGGGUCCGCCUGCAGCACACUCUUACCAGAUGCUCCUCCAGGAGCGUGAGGAGCAGCACCGCCUCUACAUCUCCUCCUUAAAGAAACAGAUCGCUCAGCUGAAGGAGGACUUGCAGGAGCGCAGCCUGCAGCUCAAAAGGGUGCAGGAGAGCCUGAAAACGGCCGCAAACGGACUCCCAGAGGGGCGGGACGGGGGCGUCGAAUUGCAGGGGGGUGGCUUUGGAGAGGUUCAGGGGGCAAAGAGCCAGCAGUCUGACCUGCAGGAGUUCCUUCGAGCUCAGCUGUCAAAAGCCGAGAUAAGCUCUGGCACCAGGUUGCCCAACGAGUACGCCGUGGUGCCUUUUGAGAGCUUCACCCUGCAGAAGAUGUACCAGCUGGAAAUGGGGCUCACGCGUCACCCAGAGGAGAAACCCGUGAGGAAGGACAAGAGAGAUGAGCUGGGAGAGGUGCUGGAGGCGGCUCUGCACAGCCUCAACACAGCCUCAUCGCGUCAGGAUAACAGGGUGGCAGCAGAAAAGACUCAAACUAGCAAAGUCUACACACCGUCUGACUUUAUAGAAGGUAUCAGUCGUACAGAGAGGGACAAAGGGACGCUGUACGAGCUGACCUUCAGAGGGGAGGCGAGUCACGAAUUCAGACGUCUGGUCCUCUUCCGACCCUUCGGACCUCUGAUGAAGGUCAAGAAUGAAAGGAUGGACACAACCGAUGUCAUGAUUAACAUCAUCGUCCCGCUCUCGAGACGAGCCGAUAAGUUCAAACAGUUCAUGCACAACUUCAGGGAAGUCUGUGUGCGUCAGGAUGGCCGGGUACAUCUGACCGUGGUGUAUUUUGGGAAAGAGCAGAUGAGUGAAGUCCGGAGCACUCUGGAGAACACAUCUAGGGAGACCAGCUUCAAGAACUACACGCUGCUUCAGCUGGACGAGGAAUUUUCUCGGGGACGGGGCCUCGACGUCGGGGCCCGGGCGUGGAAGGGAGGCAAUGUGCUGCUUUUCUUCUGCGAUGUGGACAUCUACUUCACCGCCGACUUCCUCAACACCUGCAGACUCAACACGCAGCCAGGUAAAAAGGUGUUCUACCCCGUGUUAUUCAGCCAGUACAACCCUGCCCUCAUUUAUGGAAGUCCAGAGCACAUCCCACCCGUGGAGCAACAACUGGUGAUCAAGAAAGACACGGGCUUUUGGAGGGAUUUCGGUUUUGGUAUGACCUGCCAAUACAGGUCUGACUUUAUCAACAUAGGAGGUUUUGACAUCGACAUCAAAGGCUGGGGCGGCGAAGACGUCCACCUCUACAGAAAGUACCUCCACAGCAACCUGCUGGUCGUCCGGGCACCGUCGCGCGGCCUCUUCCACCUGUGGCACGAGAAGCACUGCGCCGACGAGCUGCCGCCAGACCAGUACCGAAUGUGCAUGCAGUCCAAGGCCAUGAACGAGGCCUCGCACGGCCAGCUGGGAAUGCUCUUCUUCAGGCAUGAGAUCGAAGCUCACCUCCGCAAGCAGAAGCUGCAAAACCCAAUGAAGACAUGACUCUGGACUGAGAACGGCUAGGCACUGCAUCCAACAGGUGAAUCGGUGUCUUAGCUUUGUGUAAUUCUGAAAGAAAUGUUUGGUAAAGUUGGCUAAUUUGCUGUCCUUCUGUAAACCAAAUACAAGACUCACUCUUUUAUACGUGUACAGGAAACUUAGAGAAAGAGUUUGGUUGAAAAAUUGUAUUUUGUAUUUUCUCUCCAUAUGUAAAAUGUGGUUUAGGUGCAUCUGUACUUAUUCCUAUGAAAAAAUACCACCAGCUAUUUAUAUAUAUAUAUAUAUAUUUUAUUGUCCGUUGAAUUCAUGUUCAACAAGCAAAGUUAAUUGAUCUCAACCAUAUGAUGUAAAUCGGAUCUAAAAAGUAAAAAUAUGCAGUUCCUGAAGUGUCAAUCUUCCUCAAUGAAGAGUUUAGAUUAGAUUUGAUUCUGCAAAAGUCUGGAUACAUUUAAUCAAAAGUGAGAAACAUGCAUUUAUGAGUCCAGUGAGUAGUUUAAAUGCAUUCAUCAUGGGCUUUUAGCCUGAUGAUACAAUGUGAAACUUCAAAUUUGUUGCCAGUUUGAAUUUAUUGGCUAUGUUAUUUGAUUCACACAGAGUCAAAAUUGGACACACAGGCU